GCGCCGCCUGCCGCACCGCAGGGAGAUGUUUCGGGCGGCCUUCUGCUUGCGACAUGGCCGUAAAGCUGCAGGGAAAGGGGAGGGUGAGGCGCGAUGGCAGUGGCGGCGGCAGCAGCGGUUAGAGUGGGCCGGCGCGUGAGGCACGUGUGCUCUGGAACGCGCCGCUGCUUCUCCCGAGCCGGUGGCGGCGCGGGGCUCCUGGCUGCUGAGAGGGGGCGCGAGCCGGAGAGCCGGGCUUCAAGUUUCUGCCCUCCCGCACAUUCUUGCAAUGAUUGGAUUGGUCCUCCUGACAGUCAGUCAAACCUCAGACCAAUAGUAUUUCAUAUUCCUAAAAAUGAAUCGCCACUGGGACGAAGACUUAGGGAAUUUAGACAGGAAACUCAAGUUUGGAACCAACAAUUCUGGGCAAGCCAGAAUGUGUCAUUCAGAAAGGGAAAAGAAGAAUUCAUUUACUCAAGACUGAAGGCUAAAGGUCUGGAAAUGAAAGAUGAAACAGGUCAAAAGGUAACAUUGAGUGCAGAAGAAAUGGCAGAUUUUUACAAGGACUUUUUAAGUAAAAAUUUUAAAAAGCAUAUGUGUUAUAACAGCUGCAGGUGCAUCUGUUUUCUGACCGAAUGCCUGAUUGAAAAAGGGACCCUGGCGGCACCAGUCCCACGCGGCUCAUCUCCAGGAAGACAAGUGGGGUCCCACAUGUGGUGGGAAGCAGAGACUGCCCAGAGCCAGAGAAUGUAUGACAAUAUGUCCACAAUGGUGUAUCUAAAGGAAGAGAAGUUGGAGAAGCUUACUCAAGAUGAAAUAAUUUCUAAAACUAAGCAGGUGAUUCAGGGACUAGAGGCACUGAAGAAUGAACACAAUUCCAUUUUGCAGAGCUUACUUGAGACACUGAAAUGUUUGAAGAAAGAUGAUGAAACUAAUCUGGUGGAAGAAAAAUCAAACAUGAUUCGAAAGUCGCUGGAAAUGUUGGAACUUGGACUUAGUGAAGCACAGGUAAUGAUGGCCUUGUCAAAUCACUUAAAUGCAGUGGAAUCAGAGAAGCAGAAAUUGCGUGCUCAGGUUCGCCGGCUAUGCCAGGAAAAUCAGUGGUUGCGUGAUGAACUAGCCAGUACUCAACAGAAAUUACAGAAGAGUGAACAGUCUGUGGCUCAGCUGGAAGAAGAAAAGAAACACUUGGAAUUCAUGAAUCAAUUAAAAAAAUAUGAUGAUGAUAUUUCUCCGUCAGAAGACAAAGACACAGAUUCUACCAAAGAACCUCUGGAUGACCUUUUCCCCAAUGAUGAAGAUGACCCAGGGCAAGGAAUCCAACAGCAGCAUAGCAGUGCAGCAGCAGCUGCUCAACAAGGUGGCUAUGAAAUUCCAGCAAGAUUAAGGACUCUUCAUAAUCUGGUUAUCCAGUAUGCUUCCCAGGGUAGAUAUGAGGUUGCUGUACCCCUGUGUAAACAAGCACUUGAAGAUCUGGAGAAGACUUCAGGUCAUGAUCAUCCUGAUGUUGCCACUAUGCUAAACAUACUUGCUUUGGUGUACAGGGACCAGAACAAAUACAAAGAUGCAGCAAACCUCUUGAAUGAUGCCUUGGCUAUUCGUGAAAAGACUUUGGGCAAAGAUCAUCCAGCGGUGGCAGCUACUCUAAACAAUCUUGCAGUGCUUUAUGGUAAACGAGGAAAGUACAAGGAGGCAGAACCUUUGUGUAAGAGAGCUUUGGAGAUCAGAGAAAAGGUCCUGGGGAAGGAUCACCCAGAUGUUGCCAAACAGUUAAAUAACCUCGCCUUACUGUGUCAGAAUCAGGGUAAAUAUGAAGAGGUGGAGUACUACUAUCAAAGGGCACUUGAGAUCUACCAAACAAAACUAGGACCGGAUGACCCAAAUGUAGCCAAAACAAAGAAUAAUCUGGCAUCCUGCUAUCUGAAACAGGGAAAAUUUAAGCAAGCAGAAACUUUAUACAAAGAAAUUCUUACUCGUGCACAUGAAAGGGAAUUUGGCUCUGUAGAUGAUGAAAAUAAACCCAUCUGGAUGCAUGCUGAGGAGAGAGAAGAAUGCAAAGGAAAGCAAAAAGAUGGCUCAUCCUUUGGAGAGUAUGGUGGUUGGUACAAAGCUUGCAAAGUUGAUAGUCCAACAGUAACAACUACCUUAAAGAAUCUUGGAGCACUUUACAAACGUCAAGGCAAGUUUGAAGCUGCUGAAACAUUAGAAGAGGCAGCAAUGAGAUCUCGUAAGCAGGGUCUUGACAAUGUUCACAAACAGAGAGUUGCUGAAGUGCUAAAUGACCCCGAGAGCAUAGAAAAAAGGCGAAGCCGAGAAAGCCUCAAUGUAGAUGUGGUAAAGUACGAAAGUGGCCCUGAUGGAGGCGAGGAAGUGAGUAUGAGCGUAGAAUGGAAUGGGGACGGCACUGGAUCUUUAAAACGCAGUGGUUCCUUUAGCAAGCUCCGUGCUUCAAUUAGACGCAGCAGCGAGAAGCUGGUUAGAAAGCUGAAGGGAGGAAGUUCACGAGACAGUGAUCCAAAGAAUCCUGGCAUGAAGCGUGCCAGUUCUCUGAAUGUUCUUAACAUGGGUGGCAAGGCUACUGAAGAUCACUUUCAAGAACGAAAUAAUUGUCUGACAGACUCAAGGGCUCUGAGUGCCAGUCACACUGAUUUGGCACAUUGAAGUUCUUGGACAGAAACUAGCUAAAAUUCCUUUGUGAAUAAAGAAGCACUGAGACUCUCAAAGCUUUGGUUCCUUAUGACUCUCUAUAGGAACAUCUAAUUUGUAGACUCUUUUGCAAUGGACGGCUGUUUUUACUUUUCUAAAAUAGUAGUGACAUUUUUAAACAUAGUAUUAGUGGAUAUUUUCUUCUGAAGAGAAACUUUAUAGAUAUAUAUUGCUCAUUGCACUGCUGUCAUUCAUGCUACUUAUGUUGAUUUCUGUUAACAGAUCUGAAUAUCACAGCAGCUGAAAACUGAAAAAGUAGAAAUAUAUAUAAAACAUACCAAAAUGCAAAGGACUAUAAAGGUUCUGUAUAUUGAUAUUUGAAAACAGAUUAAAUAUGUAACAGAAAAUAUAUACAGUGCUUGAAUGAGAGACAAGUAUCAGUUAUGUGCAUUACUGUAUAAAUUCAGAAUGGGGUAUACUAUGCUGGUGCGACUUUACCUUACAUGACUAGAAGAACAAUUUCAGAUAUCUUGGCUGAAAAGUAGAGCUUAAAUAUUGGAUUCCUUAACCAGUAGAUCUAAAUAAUAAAUUUUGUAAUGGAAACACUUAGACUACCUUAACUAUAGGUGGCAUGCAUAGCAAUACCUGUAACUAUGAAAUUUCAUACCUUAUUUAUUGAUGUAGGUCUUAAGGCCCAGUAAUCAGUGGUGAUUAUACAGUUCAUUUUGAUCGGGGGGAAAUAGCAAAGAUUUUGGCUUGUAUUUUGUACAGUAGAUGCAUAUCGAAGCUGUGGGGUGCAACUGUCCAAGAGCAGUAGAAUAUUGUGCCUCAGGUUGCUGACCCUUUUCCUGCCUUUCCACUGGAAUUCUUAUCCCUUAGUUCUCUUUAGGCUAAAACUACUCCAUUGUUCCUUCAGGCUUGUUCCAACUCUUGCCUCUCUCCAUAUUAGUUGAUGGCAACAGGAGCAAAUGAAGCAGGUUAUUGCAUGCUAGGCUGUUAUCCUGUGGAAUAGCUGCUGUGCAGAGGACCUACUUGUGAAACUCUCGACUGAAGUUUAAUACAUUUAGGGCCCCAUCAGAAGCACUAGAUGCCCUUAUUUGGCAGAUAGGUCACAUUUUUGAUCAGCCAUCCUUUUUUAAUCUAUAUACAAUUAAUAGAUAUGCUGUCUGUAUUCAGGCCUGCUGCUGGGACUAAGUAUGUAAUGUUUAAGUAUCUUGUGAACACUAACAUUUUCAUUUUUUUUUUUCUGUAAAAUAUGUGAUUUUUAAAACACCACACACAGAAUUUUGUAGACAGGUGAAAACUGUUAUUUACAUGCAAGUGGAAGGAGAAAGUAAAAAUGUGCAUGUGUUUGUGAAUAUAGGGAAGUAAUUGAAAUAUACAGAACAAAAAGAUAACUUUGGGACAAGAUGGAAUACUAAUCCAAGAUGAGACUAACACACAUUGAGGUAAAAUAGAGGAAGGAAAAAAAAAGUUUUGAUAUUUGAUCAGGCUGUGAAGAACUCACUAGACCUAAUACUGUUAUAACUCCUUGACCAACUGGCACCUGGUUUUAAAGCUUAUUUUAAUGACUGAUGCAACCAGUUAUAUGUGUAAUGCACGUAUGUUUACUAUGAGGUACUUCAUUAGCAUCUCUAUAAAGAAGAAAAUUGUAUAUAUGGUGUACUUGCCAUAAAAACAGUCCAGAAAUUGAGACAAGAUGCUGCUAAUGUGUAGUGGUUUUAAUCCAGACUAGUGCAAUUCAGUGAUGAACUUGAGAAUGAAUUGUUGCUCAGUUAUUUUAUAGAUGUAGUCAUAAUGUGGACUCAAAUUUGAAUUUUUUUUAGAGCUUUUACAUUAUUUUAGUAAAACAUCACAUAUACGUUUGUUGGUGAAUUCAUAGUUCUCCGCACAAAGCUUGACGUAAACUAGCUUUGCCCAUGGAAAUAAACAGCAGUUGCUGGGAGUGGAGUAAGAAGAUGGUACCCAUUGCUAACUGGUGGGCAGGCCACGGGCUACCGCAACUGCUUUGUGUCAGCUGUCCCUUUUGCAAUAACUAUGAAGGAUUUCUAGUGUAGAGGCCUGCCCUACCAGUCAGCCUUUGCUAGUAUGGGAGGAGCUAUCACAGUAAUAGUGGCCCAGAGGACGUUUUACAGGCCCUUUACAUCCAAAAUGACUUUCGCCAAUGUGAAAAGCACCUAUAAAGGUCUGACUUUGUAGAAAAGUACGUAUUCUGACCCAAAGGUGACUUUGAGAUUAGAUAUUUGGUGCAAUCUAAGAACUUGUUUCUAAGCCUUUAAUUCAGAUUUGAAAGAUGAUGUUUUUGCAGCCUCUCAGAACUGGAACUUGUUGUGUAAAUAGAAAUCUGUUUAAAUAUUUAGAACAUAAUUCAGACCUGCUUAACUAUAAAUUUCAUUACAUGGUCUUAAAUUCAAGACUAGAGUAUGUCAGACUCUGGAAUCUCAUUAUUUUAGGUUUUUAAAUAGCUCAAUAAAAUAUUGUAGGUGGUACUCUUAGUACUGUGCUUACAGAUGUGACUUACAUGCCUUAUAUAUUAUUUAGAGGAAUUCUGUCAAGGAAUGAUAAGGUUAAAACGUUGACCUACUUCUCUGUCGCACACCAUCUUCCCAAACAAAACCACUCUUUUACCAAGUUGCAAAAUCUGUAUAAUUUUUCUGUGGAUUUUAGCAUCAAUCUUCCUUUUGUUUAAAUGAUUCAAAAAAUUACUUUGCUAGUGUAUGCAUCUAUUUGUUUUUAUGUGGACUUUUGAGUUUACUUUUAUACAAUAGUUAAUGUGACACUUCCAUUUCAAUUUUUUGGCUAGACUCUGUCAGUUGCGCACCAGUUGCUAGCAGUACUCUCCCUAUUUGUUCUUGAUCGAAGAUCUAAUUAAAUAUCAUGGUAAAAUUUAGCAGUGAUUUAUAAGCUCCCUUAGUAGAUGGGUGACUGAACUAGCAGUUUACUGUUUGUAAACAGUGUCUCCAGUGGUAGCAAGGUAUUUAAAACAAACUAUGGAUGAACUAAUUUAAACAUUUUCAUGGUUUUGUAUUUUUUUUCAAUGAUGAGUGGUAGUAAUUCAAAAAGGUUUAAGCUUGAAGUAUCUGUGGUUAAUCUGUACAGUUAAAGGAUUGCAUUGACUUAGAAAACAAAAGAGAAAACCAAGUAUGGUUAUGUUGUGUGUGUACCGUUAAAAUGGGGUGUGCAUACAGUGCUUCGUCUAAUGUAUGUUUACAGUAUUUGAUAUGUUCAAGUGUACAAUUUAGUUUUUGUCAACCAGGUCACUUACUUUGUCUGAAAGCUGCUAAGUGUGUAUAUUGCAUUUUAGUAAUCAAAGUGUCUGCCUCUAUCAAAAGAAUAAAUAUUGGAAGGAAAGCAUGAACGUGUAAAGUUUAGUUUUAUAGUAUAGACUUUGUAUUUUAAUGUAUUUUUGUAAAUGCAUUGGUAUAAAUAUUCUCUCUUUAAAAAGUAAAUGGUUAAUUUGUGAGGGGAAGUUGUGAAAGUUUACAUUUGUUUCAAAUAAUUUAUAGUCUCACUACUUUGGGUGGAAGAGGUGACGAGUGUGUUUGUUUUGUUUUUUUAAAAAAAGUAGAGCCAAAUGAAAAGUUACCCACACAUUCAUCACCCUGAGUUCAGUAGCCCUAAAAUAUACAUUCUUGGUGAGAAAAUGAAGGUUUGUGAUAGAGUGGCAAAACUCUUUAUAUCCAUGUAAUACAAUUGUUAUGGCUGCUUUGAAAUAAGAAUAAUUUAAAAGAUAUCAUCUAAAAUUCAGUGGUUAACACUCCACUUGCGUUUUAAAGCACUGAAGAUGCCUAGGACUGUAAAAGUAUGGCAGAUUAGUUAUACAUUGACAAAAACCAAAGUAGACUAAAAACUAUAUACAAUUUGAUAUAAAAAGAAUACUAAACAUUGGUAAAUAAUGAGGAAUCUUCAGCAUCUCGAUGUAUUCAUCAGACACUGUCUCCAACUUGAAACUCUAUGAAGUUUUUUAAAGUUAUAAAAUAUUUUCCUAUGUAACUUGGAGGCUGGUGUAACAAAAUUAACAAAUUAAGAAUGCACAGCUCAGGUUCUAGAAAAUCACUAAGGGUAUUUUGGUUCUGUUGGGAUGAGAAGGAAAAUGGAGGUCAGGAGCAUCUUUUAAAGUAAAGCCCUGCGCAUCUGGUCCAUAUAUUUAAGCAGAUUUGCAGGGCUCUGUCUUUAAGGGC